UUUUAUUGAAGGCUGGACACUAUUAAUAUCAACAUGCCUGUGCCAUACACUGACAUACCCAAGAAAGAGCAACGGUAGCUGUGCUCGGACACAGAUGGAGCAUGUUUGAACCUGGGGAAGAAGAUCAGUGUUCCUCAGGAUCUGAUGAUGGAGGAGCUCAAUUUGAUGUCCAAUAGAGGAUCUAUAAUGUUCCACGAGAGACUCAAAAGAGUGGAGAGGUUCACCUUAGAGAACAUAUCAAAGAAACAACUCAAUGUAAGACAUCAUACUGUGUUCACCGGAAGUGGUCCAAGUUCAAACAUGAACAGAGAGAUUAUCAAGAAGGUAAAGUUUAUAAUUGGAGAGAUGAAGUCCAUUGUACCAGACCCAAAGAGUGAGCACUUAGAGGAAACACUUCAAGGCCAGAAUGCCAUGCAAGGAGAGAAAGGAAGUGAUUGCUUCACCUCUGAAAUCUACAUCAAACAUCCUGGAAAGAACAGCCUAGUCACCACACUAAAGCACACGGUUGCUAAGAAAGGAAUCCCAAGUGUGCUUGCACCUGGUUAUGGGGGGCCUCUAAAAGAGGUUCCUCCAGAAAAGUUCAAUGUCACUGUGAUCCCAAAGUCUUACCAAUCACCCUGGGAGGAAAAACCCAUUGACAAUGAGACGAUGUUGGCUAGCAUCAGCACCCAUCCCCCAGACACACCACAAAAACACACCACACAAAAACAAAAACUCCAAAACAUACACAUCACAACAAAAACAUACACCCUCACCCAUAUUAGCAUUAAUCACAGAGCUCCUACGCCGUUUGGUGGGACAGCAGGCACUGUGAGGACUCUGCCGCUGCCUGGCUUUGAGAUGCUGCAGGCUCACACAGAGCCACACCUGACCUGGGACAGGAUGUGCCAUCGGCCCAAUUUCAAUCUUAAUCAACAAGUACGCUGCAUACACUACUCAUCAGAGAAUCCAGAACACUCAAGCUAG